AUGGGGUGCGCGUACAGUAAACCAAAAGUUCAAGAAACAGAACCGAUUACUAUGGAUCAACUUCAAAAGGAGUUAUUCAAAUUUAACAAUAACRUYCGAGGUUAUUGGAGGCGAAAGAAGACCUUCUGUUUAAGAAAGGUGAAGCCCAAUAAUCCUCAGGCUGAGGAAAGGCCUCAAACCAAGGCACGGGAACCUUGCGAGGACAAACUGUGCUCAGGCAAACCUACAAACCAGGGUCCUUCAAAUGAAAAACCAAAAACAACAACAAAUUCAAAAGAAAUCAAGCAGGAUGGCGCUCCACGUGUACUGCGCUCUGUGUACUCAAAAACCGCGCCGAACAAAAUCCGAAGAUCUCUAUCACUGGAAGCAAUGGCUCCAGCAAAAAGAUCUCUGCCAUUACAAGAAAGAAAAUUAAGUGAACAAAGCCAAGUUUCCAUUGCUAAUAUUGUGCUAAGUUCACAAAAGAGUGUGCAACAUACGUACACGCAAGGAAACCAGAUGAGCGUUCUGAAAUACUUCCAUCGUGAUAGACUGUACCAUCCAGACAGACAUUAUAACUUCAUCAGAGAGAUUGGUCGAGGAGCUUUUGGACAGGUUUACCUCGCAAGACACAAACAAAUACAGGGCGAAGAAUAUGCCAUCAAGACCAUCUCGCUCGAACAUUCAGACGAGAGAAGCCUGCUGAUGGAGCUCGAAGCCCUGCUUACCUUCAAGCACAAAAAUAUCCUCGCUCUUGCAAACAGCUACCUCACCGAUGGAUUCUUGUACAUCGUCACAGAAUAUGUGGCUGGGAUGAGUCUUUACUCGAUGAUGUCCAACUUUUCAAACGGUUUACCAGAGUACAUCGUAUCACACAUUAUGAGAGAAUGCCUGCAAGGACUUGCACACUUGCAUCAGUCAGGAUUUAUCCAUUGUGACAUAAAGACCGAAAACAUCUUGAUUAGUAACACAGGCAAGGUAAAAAUGACUUUUUUUCUUUCACUGCGUCAAAUACUAAAACAUCAUAAAACUGCUCAUAUAGGCAACAAAAAGAGAAGAGUAAAGCAAGCACUGUAUUCUAAUCCAACUACAAACAACACAUGGAAAACUAACAACUUUCAGACUUCGUCUUCAAGCAGCCAAAUGAACAACGCUGUUUUUUCAGCCGAAGAAACUGGACAGCCUAACGCUGUAGGCAAGAACAGAUCCACCGAUAACAAUUACGGAUCCAGUUUUAGGAAAACCACAAGUUUUGGCAACGGCGUGUUCCAUGCACCACGCAAUCCACCAAAAAAGGAGCAAAAUAAAAAUGUAAUGGCAAGUUCUCAACUAACACGAAACACGAAGCCAGAUGCUCAGAAAGCUAAAGAAAGUUGGGCUCCUAAAAUCAAGCUCUUGCCAAAACCAGUGUAA